GUUUAGAAAUUAUAAUGAUUAUUUUUUGGCAACAAAAUAAUAUUUCAUCAACGUAUAAAGAACUUAAUCAAAUCUAAUGACAGACAUUUAAGAUAAUGAUAAAAUAAAAAUGGAUGAGUUGUAUGCAGAAACAGAUUUACUACUUGCAGAUCAAGUGACCAUGGACUUGAAUACUAAAUAUCGUAGUGGUGCUAACGGGACUACAGAAGGAAGAUCAAGUACAGUCAGUACUGAUGAUGAACUGUUAGAUAUUGGAGACGGCAGGAUGGAGGCACUAGGGAACUGGGCAGACUUGGAAGAAAUGGAACCCAAAUAUUCAAGUUCGUCUAAUUUGAUGGACACCUUGGAGGACCUGCCUUCAGGGAUUGGUCAAUAUGAGGAUUUCCACACAAUUGAUUGGUUGAGAGAUAUUGCUAGAGAUCGUAUGAGACAUCGUCACAUCACCAAAAAGAGACAAGAAGGAUGCUGGGAAAAGAUUCUGAGUGCCCAUGAUGCAUGGUCGGGAUGGGUGUGUGUCCUGUUAGUUGGUGUAGCUGCUGGCCUCUGUGCUGGUGUUAUAGACAUUGGAGCCACAUGGAUGUCAGAUCUCAAAGAGGGCAUAUGUAAAGAAGCUUUUUGGUUAAAUAAAGAACAAUGCUGCUGGUCGGCCAAUGAUACUACAUAUGAUGAUGAGGGAUGUAGUCAGUGGAAUACAUGGUCAGAGAUAUUAGGAGCCCAGACUGGAAAGAAGCCAGCAGCUGGUGGUUACAUUGUAAAGUACCUGUUAUAUGUACUGUGGGCUGUAGUGUUUGCUAUGUUAGCCUCAUUGUUUGUACAUUCAUUUGCUCCAUAUGCCUGUGGUUCAGGUAUUCCUGAGAUUAAAACAAUAUUAAGUGGAUUUAUUAUUCGUGGAUAUUUAGGAAAGUGGACAUUAUUGACAAAGUCAGUAGGAAUGAUGUUAGCUGUAUCAGCUGGAUUAAGUCUUGGUAAAGAAGGACCAUUUGUACAUGUCGCUGCAUGCUGUGGCAAUAUUUUUUCUUAUUUAUUUCCUAAAUAUGGCUCCAAUGAAGCUAAGAAAAGGGAGAUAUUAUCAGCAGCUGCUGCAGCUGGAGUCAGUGUGGCUUUUGGUGCUCCUAUUGGUGGAGUAUUGUUUAGUUUAGAGGAAGUUAGUUACUAUUUUCCAUUGAAGACCCUGUGGAGAUCAUUUUUCUGUGCAUUAGCAGCUGCAUUUGUACUAAGAUCUAUUAAUCCAUUUGGCAAUGAUCAUCUUGUGAUGUUUUAUGUUGAGUAUAAUGAACCUUGGUACUUACAGGAACUUAUACCAUUUAUAUUCCUAGGGGCAUUAGGGGGUUUAUAUGGAAGUUUUUUUAAUAAAAUGAAUAUUGCCUGGUGUAGAUAUAGGAAGAAUUCAAAGUUAGGACAAUACCCAAUAGUUGAGGUUCUAGCAGUUACCUUAGUAACAGCCAUUCUCAGUUAUCCAAACACAUAUACAAGGAUGAACACAAGUGAAUUGAUCAGACAGUUGUUUAGUAGAUGUGGAGCUGAAGAUAAAACAAUGCUAUGUGAUUACACAAGAAACUCGACCUCUCUGAGUUCUUACACAUCCAGUACAGUAGCAGGGGAUGGAGUUUACACAGCCCUGUGGAUGCUGUUUCUUGGAUUAUUAUUUAAAGGUCUAAUUACUAUUUUUACCUUUGGUAUAAAGGUGCCAUCAGGUUUAUUUAUUCCCAGUAUGGCAGUAGGAGCUAUUGUAGGAAGAAUUGUUGGUAUAGGCAUGGAACAGUUAGUAGUGAGGAACCAUGACAACCCAUUUUUCCAGAAUAUGUGCCAAUCAAAGCAGUUUUGCACCAUAACUCCAGGACUGUAUGCCAUGGUGGGAGCUGCUGCAGCUUUAGGAGGAGUUACAAGAAUGACUGUAUCUUUAGUAGUAAUCAUGUUUGAGUUGACUGGAGGAUUACAGUAUAUUGUGCCAUUAAUGUUAGCUGUGAUGACAAGUAAAUGGGUUGGAGAUGCUUUAGGAAAAGAUGGAAUAUAUGAUGCACAUAUAGCAUUAAAUGGUUAUCCAUAUUUAGACAGUAAAAAAGAAUUUACACAUACAACUAUAGCAGCCGAUGUGAUGAGGCCGAGAUACUGGAGAUAUGGUGCAGCUCAGAGAAACGACCCUCCACUUUGUGUAAUUACACAAGAUUCUAUGACAGUAGAGGAAGUGGAAGCCAUAUUUAGAGAUACAAGUCAUAAUGGGUUCCCUGUAGUAUUGUCCAGUGAAUCACAAUAUCUUGUUGGUUUUGUUUUACGAAGAGAUUUAAUGUUAGCAAUUGCUAAUGCAAGAAAAAAUCAAGAAGGAGUAGUUAGCAACUCUAUAGUAUAUUUUUCAAGUCAGGUACCAAAUAAUCCUAAUGAUCCUGCUCCACUUAAAUUAAGAAAAAUAUUAGAUAUGGCACCUAUAACAAUAACUGACCAGACUCCAAUGGAAACAGUUGUAGAAAUGUUCAGAAAACUUGGAUUAAGACAGACAUUAGUUACACAUAAUGGAAGCAGACAUCUCUAUAAUAAAGGCAAAUUUUACUUCAAACAAGAGAAAAAGAGACUAUCUGUUGGAAGACUACUGGGUAUUAUAACAAAGAAAGAUGUUUUACGCCAUGUAGCACAACUUGGUAACCAAGAUCCUGAAUCUAUAUUGUUUAAUUAACUUCCUGGAUUGUGGUUAUGGAAACAUUCCUCUGUGUUUAAUGUGUGGAUAAUAUUUUAUCUGAGAGGUCAACAAAUGAUUAUGAAGAUACAUUGCUAUAUGUAAUCGUUAAAAGGAUAAUUUAUUGUUGUAAGGAUAGUGAUGUGAGAUAUAUAAUUGAGCAGGUAUUUGAAAGGAUAGAUACAUUCCAGGUUGUUUAAAUUCAUUCCACACUGUCCCCUAUCAUUCGACUGUGUGCUGUGUUAUUAUUCUGUAGAAUUGUUUUAUAUGCUUCUCUGUGUAAGUUGUUAACAUAAGUACACAAGAAUUAGAAAUAUGUGUGUGUGUAAUAGAAAAAACAUAAACUGUAUAUUAACAUCAGAUUCAUUUUCCCUAUUUGUUUUCUUUUUUAUGUCAAUCUAUGAUUCAAAAGAAAAUCAUAAAAAAAAUUGUACUGUCAUCUGUUGUUUUGUUUAAAAACAUGUCUGAAAUGUUUUUGGAAUCUUAAAAAAAAGUUAAUUAGACAACGUUAGUUGCAUUACAUUGUGAGUAAUGCAAUCCUAUUUUUGAAAGGUUCAGUUUUGUAUUACUACUAUACUAGGGAUCACAUGAUUUAGUUUUACACUAAUCCUAUCUCAGGAACAUCAGAUACAUGAUCCAAAUCUUUUCCAGAGAUACCUGGUUCAGUUUAACAUUACUACUAUACUAGGGAUACCUGAUUUGGUUUACACUAAUCAUAUCUUAGGAACAUCUAAUCCAAUCUUGUUCAAGGAAUACCUGAUUCAGUUUAAAGUAAUCCUACUCAAGGAAGUCCCUUUUCAAUAUUACAGUAGUCCUGAUGUAUUUUUGUUGGUUUAUAAAUCAGUGAAACUGGUUCCCUACAUAUGUUAUUAAUCUCACAUUUAUUUGUUUUAUUGUUAUGUUUUGUAAAAUAAAGAAAUAGAAUCAUUUAAAGUACACAUGGGCUGAUGUGUAUAGUUACAAAAUGUUAUACAUUUACUCAAGAUAUGUAUACUGUAAUUAUAAAUAAAACCAUGUUAGAUUGUUGUACUGUGGCUUUGUGUGAUGUUUAGUGAUAAUUCGUAUUUCUAGUGUAUAUACUAAUCAUUCAUAACAGACUGAUAUUUUAUGUGCAGAGGUGGCUCGACUUGGCUGUGAUAAUCUAUUUUAUUAGAAUUUUAUGUUUAUUAAAUAACCUGAGUUAACUGUAUGUAAUUAAAGUCAAUAUUUAUUAUGCUUUAUGUUAGUAUUGUAUGAUAUGUAUUAGGAAUCUGUCAUCAUGUUUACGCUGUACAAAAUAGUGGUGUAUAGUGAUUAAAAAUGACAGUUAUUCUGUUCCUUCAUAAUUGUUCUUACAUUUCUGGAAAGUCCAUACUGCUUUUGUUUUAGCAAAUUUAAAACAAAAAUAAUUAUCAUGAUUGAAUUAGUCAGUUAAAAGUAAGUACUACAAAAUGUAUAUGGAUUUCACAAAUCUCAAAAGAUAAUAUAAAUCUUGAUUUAAUUGCAUGGCCAUACAACUCUAAAAAUUCAAAUGUUUGCUUUGCCAAAGAAUUUGUGUUUUUAUCACUCAUUGAAAAAUUCAAAAUAUCAAAAAUGAUGUUUCAUUUCAACAUCUUCUUUAACAUAAUUAAAUUAAAGGUAGGUAUUCUUGAAGUUUUAUUUGAUUUUCAUCACUGAGCAAUAAAAUUAGACAUUAACUCCUUAUUCACAUUGUAAGUAAUCUUUACGGAAAUGAAGUAGUUCUUAUUUAUAAAAAUUUGAUAAUAUUUGUACUGGUAAUAUCUUAUUUUAAAAACCAUUGUUUGAUUUUCAUAGGAGAAUAUUUUGUUUACUUGUUUAAAUAAAAGUGGUAGUGUAUAAUUUAUUUUAUAUCAGUCUGAAUGUGAAUCUUUGAUAUAAAAUGCUGUAUGAUGUAUGGUAAGUGUAAGUUUAUAUGGAUUACACAGUCUAUCUUUUAUUUUUAAUGUGAUGAAAAUAAACUGCUGUGGGUUAAAUACAUUUAUCUUUAUAGUUUUUAGAUAUGGAACAAGAAGUACAUUUCUAUUUUCUAUGUUCCUUAUUGAAUGGUCCAAAUGUAAAGUUUAACAAAAACAGUCUCUUUGUUGAGUCUUGAGGCUGGAAAUUUAGAUUUAAAACAAAUAUAAAGACAGUGUGAUUAGAGUGUAUGUUUGCUAAAUACUAUGGUUGCCUGUUCUUUAAAUGCAUUGUACUGUGCCACAAGGUCAAUCCAUGAAUCCUAUAUUCAAGUCAUCUUUAAAAAUUUCAUGUUUAGCAAGAUUGGUGUAUUGCAUCAUAUCUGUGUUAGUAAUCUAUUUUUUGAACUGGUGAAAAAGAGAAGACAGCUCAGACAAAAUGAAGCAAUCUUCUUUUCAAUGUCAAUAACAACCUUUUAUUUAUUUUAUGUUUUUGUUCAAGGAAAAUAAAAUGCUGCUUUUUAAAUUUAUUUAUCACCUUCAAUAUUUAAAUUAUCAUCUGAAAAUUAUGAAAAUAUUGAUCUGUAAAUUAAUUAAAAAUUAGCUAUGGUAUACCAAUAUUGGCCAAAUGGUAAAAGUACAAAAAAUACUUUGUAUUUAUGAAAUAAAAUAAUGGGAUAGCAUUACUCUGAAAAUAUUGAGUAUAUUUCCCUUUGACCACCUAUGGAAAUCAUACUUUCAUCAUCAUCACUGAAACAAAUGAACCAAUUCUAUCCAAAACUACAUUAAUGGUGAAUUCUAGCUUUCCUACCAAUGAUUUCAUUUUGUUCCAGUGGAAGGAAAAAAUGACUGCAAGCCAAUAUAUUAUAAUAUUCUCUUACAAGGUACAUUUGAAAAUUAAGGAGAUUGAUGCCUGGAACAUCCCCCACAGAUGAUUUUCAUGUAAUGUUGAUAGGGGUCAUAUUUAGUUCCCACUGAAAUCUUAUGGAAAAUUAUAUUUCAUUUUCACCAUUUGUCUGUAUGACUCGUUUUAAUAUUUCCUGGCAGGAUUGAUGUGAAAGUUUUUUAUGAAUAAUUUUUAAGAUGAAAAACCAGUUUGACUCUGAUUUGCCAAUUAUUUAACAAUUGCUCUGCUGUAGCGGCAAGGUAAAAUGUUUGAAACUGUACCGAAUUGAUGAUAACAAAGUGAUCUCUUGCAAUAUUUGUCAGAAGUUAUCUUUUAAGUAAUUUUGGUGUAAGAGUGCCCAUGACAUUCAGGCUAUAAUGAAUCUUUUUAGGUUUGUAUAGUUAAGGUAUACAAAGAUUAAACAAAUGCACAAAGUAUUAAUAUUGAAUUUGUCUAUAGCAGUGUAAAGAUAAAAUGUGAAAUACGCUACUUUUAUGCAUAUAUGGUAAUUAUCUACUAGAUCAUAACCAUCUUUUAUCACUCUGGUAUGAAUACCUAGGAAAAGUUAAUGAUGGCAUUGGCCUUCUCCUCUUACCAUAGAAGAGUUAAUGUAUUUAUUAGUACAUGUUGAACGUUAAAGUAUGUGUGUUUUUUAUGAUGGGUGAAAUGAUGUUGUAUUGUAUUGAAACAAAAUAUAUAAAUAAAGAUCUGAAUAAUCUGAAA